GUAUCAUGUACAAGGGUCAAGCUGCUACAUGUACUUUAUGUACCUCUACGUAUAUAUAUAUAUCUAUGCAUGUACCUUCGUUGUGUACUGGAAAGCACUUCUCAUUGUAGCCUAGAUUUGAAUUAACGAUGGCUGAAGGACCUGAUCCAGUUGUUGCUGAUCUCGAGCAAGAGGUGACCUGUGGCAUCUGUCAUGACCGCUACCAGGAGCCAAAGCUGCUCCCUUGUUGUCACUACUACUGCAAGCAAUGCAUCCUCACACUCUCCAGUCGCUACCGACCCAACCAGCCGUUCCCCUGCCCCGACUGUCGUGAGCCCACUCUGUUGCCAGACAACAACCCAGACAGACUGCCCACUGCGUUCUUCAUCAACCGGAUGAAAGCACUCCACUCGAGGAUGGAGAAAGCCCACGGCAAGUUGGAGACCACCUGUGAAAUGUGCUCUGGGGGAAAGGCCACUGCAUUUUGCCGACAAUGUGUUCAGUUCAUUUGUGAAAAAUGUGUAGAGUCUCAUCAACGUAUGAAAGUGUUUGCCGGACAUGCCAUCUCCACUCUGGACGAGCUCAAACAGGGCGGAGUGAAAGAACUAACAUUCGAAAGCCCACCACCCCCAAAAUGUGAAGAUCACGAUGAGCCAAAAAAGAUUUUUUGUUUUGAUUGCGACAAGCUCAUCUGUCGAGACUGUGUUGUGUUCGAUCACCGUGACCACAAGUCAGAGUUUGUUAAGAAAGCCGCCCCCGCAACUCGCAAAAAGCUGACGGAGCACCUCUCCCCACUCAAGAACCUACUGCCUGAUCUGAGCACCGCUGUGAAUCAAGUGAAAAGAACUAAACAGAAGAUCCAGGCCCAAAAAGAACUGACAGAGAGACAAGUGAAUGCCAACUUCCAGGAGCUACACGAUAUUCUCGAUCGAUGCAAGGUCCGUGUUUUACGAGAGUCUUCUGCUUUGGCUGAUUCAAAGAUGGAGAAGCUGACAGUUCAAGAGAAGGGUCUGGACCUGUCCCUGGGCACUGCUCAGAGUUUGAUUGACUUUGUAGAGCGUACACUGGAGAAUGCAAGUGAUGAAGAACUGAUUACGAUGCAAGAGCAGGUGGUGAGUCGAAUCGAUGCCGAGGUGGUGAAGCGAGAGAAAGAAGUAACCAAUCCUGAUCCAGUGGACAAAGAUGAUUUUGGAGUCGAAGUGUUUGUUUGUGAGGAUCUCAAGAAGUUGUGUGAGAACAAUGUUGUAGUUUAUCCUUGUGUGAGGGGUGAUGGUGUGAAGAUGGCUGAAGUUGACAAAUGUGUAAGUCUGAAUGUCUAUAUCAGUUUAAAACAAGGCAAACCACAAGCAGUACUGAAAUCGCUAGUUGAUCAAUCGACCCAGCAACUACAAGCAGUGCCUGUGAGGGGUGGAGUGUACAGCGUUGAGUACACCCCUAGGGUACGUGGUCGACACCACCUCCUGAUCUCAGUGGACGACCAGCCCAUCCCAGGAAGCCCCUUCUCUGUGUUCAUCAAAAUACCCCCCACCAAGCUGGACAAGCCAGUUAGGGAGAUAGGAGGAAUCAAGAACCCUAAGUAUAUGGCAUUCAACUCAUCAGAAGAACUGAUUGUAACUGACUAUCUGGGUGAUGUUUUAGUGUUUGACAAGAAAGGAGAACAAAUUCGAAGCAUCAGCAAAUCAAAGCAUGGGUUUGGCAGUAUCUGUGGUGUGGCAGUAGACAAGGAGGACAACAUCUAUGUCUGUGAUACGGGCAAACACUGUGUGUACAAGUUCAACAAAAAAGGAGAUAUACUGAAGAAGUUUGGGACAGAGGGAAGUGGUCUAAAGAAUCUCAACUCCCCUCGAGGGAUAGCAGUCGCUGGUGAUCAAGUGUUUGUGUGCGACGAUCAAAAUCACAGAGUCCAAGUGUUGACGACAGAGCUGGAGCCAGUCAAGCAGAUUGGCUCAGAAGGAACUGGUAAUGAGCAGUUUAAAAGACCAGAGGAUGUUGCGGUAGACAAUGAACAAAUGGUGUAUGUCACUGACUAUGAUAAUCAUCGUGUUCAAGUGCUCACUAUGGAUGGUCGGUUUGUUCGCUCGAUUGGAAAGAAAGGAAGUGAACAAGGAGAUCUGUAUCACCCUCUUGGUGUGUGUGUCACUGGUUUUGUUUAUGUUGCUGAUUAUGAUAACAAGCGUGUGUCAGUGUUCACUAAAGACGGUCAGUUUGUCACAUCAUUUGGUAAUGGUCAUAUCACUAAUCCUAUCGGAGUAGCUGUGGACAGUGAUGGUUUUGUGUAUGUGCGUAGUAUAGAAUCUGUUGUUAUCUUUUAGUGUUUUAAAUGUUGUCUUGUCUGUUUAAUUUUGUAUUUUUUGUGUGUUAUUUUGUAGUUUUAUAUCUUCUACUACCAUCUGUAUUGUACAUUG